ACCAUGACAGGCAGCACAGUUGCAUGCUUGUAAUUGUAGCUGUCGACUUUAGCCUGCAUAGACCAGACCACACCGUUUCUGAGACUGUAGCAGUAGAAACCAAAUGGAUACCAGAGUGGACAGGCAGCUCAGUAUCGAGCUAGGCGGCUAACUUUUAAACGGAGACAGCGACCUGCCUAAGAUAUUUUCCCCAGCGUCAGCAACGACAGACCAGGGUUGCCAAACAACAAGCAUCAUUCAGUGUCAGCCAGAGGUAGCAGCUGGAGCUCUCGGACGCCUUGUCCCUGCUUCCCUGGAACCUGGACUGGAAUGGCUCAACCUCAUCUGUAAACAUAGCACCUAUCACAUGAGCAUUCUUGACUGUGCAUAAAGUCUCUGUGUAUCAUGUGUGGUGUCUGUGAGCAAGUAUUUCUGAUUUUGUCAGAAAUCCUCACAGUCAUUCUGGUAAAACCACAAUGCUCAGCAGGCCUCUGAGCCUGAGGGACCACGGAAGUGAAACUGUAAGGGGUCGAUGAGCCGUACUCGUCUGAGUUGUCAACAAUGUCUGCUGACACCCUGCCUGAACACCUGGUCUGCAUCGGUGAUUUGGAGCUAGACAUCUGGCAACCGAAGUACCUCUCCAAAAACCCCUGACUUUCGGCACCUGUGGGCGUCAACUUCCUUCUGUUUCCAUUUCCUUGCUUCUGCUGUUGCUCAACGCCUUCUCACCACCUCUUCAACGCAUGUCUUGCCAGAAUUCACUUGAGCAAAGCACAAAAUCCACACCAGCUCUAGGAAUGCUGUGUGGUAGACUUUGACCUCUGGCCUCUCUGGAUACGGACGACAGAAAAGAGAAUUUGUCCUACAGGAAUCAAGUUAUUAUCACUCUAUCAAAUUAUUUAUAUCUUCACAUCCAAGACAAGAUCUCAGCCACUACCAGGCGUCUCCAGCUCCCCUCCCCUUUGCCAUCCCCACUACCAUGCUGGGCACACUCCUGCGCAGGAACAUGUCCCAGAAGCUGAGUGUGCUGCUGCUGCUAUUCGGCCUGGUGUGGGGACUCAUGCUGCUGCGCUAUACUGUGCAGCAGCCUCGCCAUCGGAGCAGCGCUGAGCUACGUGAGGAGAUCCUGGAGCUCAGUCGGCGAUAUGUCAAGGUCUUGACAGAGGAGAACCAGAAUGCACCUGGUGGACCACAAGGAACCUCCAUGGCUGGUUACGCUGAUCUGAAGAGGACUAUUGCUGUGUUACUGGACGACAUUCUGACAAGGCUGGUCAAACUGGAGGGCAAAAUUGAACUGGUGGUCAACGCCUCCUCCACUAACACCUCCCAUACAGCAGGGGGUGUCCUUGCUUCUGCUCCCGCUGCCCUCCAGAAAGCUCCGAAACAGGACACACCUGGCAGCCACCCAGGGACUUUGCGCUUUCACCCACACAUCCCUAAUAGGCCUCGGCAACAUCAAGGAGCAUAGUUUUAUAGAUGUAUUGAAAUUUUUUUUUUAGCACAUCACACUUUUCCAGCAUUUAUCACUGAUGUAACUACAUCAGACUAAUGAAAAGCAAUAGGGAGACAUAUGGACAUCCAGAAACUUUAUAUGUGUGAUGCGUCUCAGAAAUGUUUGGUGGGAAGAAGAAGGACUUCUUUAUGUUAUGUCCUAUGCUGAUAUUUAUUUUUUUUUACCAGGACUACCUAGCGCAGUUUUAUAUAUUUCCAUUGCUGAUUUUAUUUGACUUAAAUUUUAGCAUUUUUUAUAAUGUCAUAUCUGGAUCUUGUGACUGCAAAAAGGUAUAAACACUAGAAACAGACACAGAAUCUGAUAUGCUUUAUCGUAGAAAUGGCUUAAAGCGCUCCCCUGUGUACAUUGUAUACAAAUUUACAAUACUGCUUCAUAUCCACAUGCUGGACUUAACAGUUCAUUCAUGAUAGUUAGGAAUCGCUGCGUCUGGGUUUUUAGCUGGUGCAGUUGCUAAAUACUAUAUGAAGAAGAUUCUCCUCUUAGAUAACACAUUUAGUGAUUUUAAGGAUGAUUAAACAGUAUAACCUGUAAGAAAAAUAAUCCAAAGAAUGUUAUUUGCACUCCAUCUGAAGGACAAAUGUGUAUUGACUGUUGCUACGAGACAAUUUGAUGUACGUGCAGAAUGUGAUGGGAUGAAGCUUAAUUGCCACUGUAAACAUGGGUGUGUGUGUGCUUUGUCUCAGUCGAAAUCCAAUGCUUUAGUUCCUUUAUCUUGCUUUGGGAGUUGUUUCAGUUCAGAUGUAGAAUGGAUUGAAUGUACUGCGAGGUCGGUAUUUAGCCCUGUGGUGCUGUUAAGAUGACUGACCUGCUGCUUACACAUGUUCAGGGUUCAUGUUGCACUGUGACUCUAUAGAGAUUUUCUAAAAAUACUGGGCUAAUCCAACUUGGACAUUAGGGGAUAUUUUAGGGAGGCGGACAUCAAGCUCUGGAAUACUCAUUCCUCAGCAACAAAGGUGGGCAAUACUUUCAUCAGUACAACUUGGGGAUUUUGUGAGAUAAAAAAAAGCAAUGUGCUUUAUGGAAUAAUAAAAUAUGAGGAAGAACAUUUGUCAUUUGAAGAAAACAUA